AACAGUAGGUGGAUCGGAGCCGGAGAGCGGCUGCUGGCGAGCGAGGUGAGGCUGGGGGAGCCGGGGAGCCAGGACGGCUGGAGCAGCGUCGGCCGAGGGGGUGACCAGGAAGAAUGUUCUCAUCAGUGAAGCCAUAUGAAAACCAGCGGUACUCAACUUUGAAGAAGGACUGUCAGAGGAGGAAAAUCUUGUUUGAAGAUCCGCUCUUUCCAGCCAACGAUGACUCGCUCUUCUACAAGUCUCGGAUUCAGGGGAUCCAAUGGAAGCGACCCAAAGACAUCUGUGAGGACCCUCAUCUCUUUGUGGAUGGAAUCAGCUCCCACGACUUACAUCAGGGGCAAGUGGGCAACUGCUGGUUCGUGGCUGCCUGCUCAGCCUUGGCGUCCAGGGAGUCCCUGUGGCAGAAAGUAAGCAGUUUGGGAAUUGUCGGGGAAAAAAACGAUUGUUGCUUAGCAUCACCGGGGUGCCAGCAAGCGAGCCAAGGAGCAGAAGGAGGUUUUGUUUUUGCUUCAGUCAGACACCUCGGUCGCUGGUGCAGAAAUCCUCCCCGUGCCGAAAGAAGAAUGAUGAGCGACGAGGCGGCUGAAUUGGAGAUGCCUUUGGUCCAAGAUGCCGAGCUGACCAAGGUGAUGAGGAUCCGAGUGAAGACCCUCGAGCAGAGGAAGGAGAAACCUCAAGACGGGGAGAAACUCCUCCGCCCCAACGAGUUUGUGUUCCGUCUGGACUUCUCCCGUCAGCACGGCCUCCGUUUCCUGAGCUGGAAAGUAGCCCUGGACCAGCCGGGCAAGGCCACCAUUAUCGGGACUUCUCAACACUGGACGCCGGAUUUGACCAACCUCAUGCGAAGGCAGCUCUUGGACCCGGUGGGGACGUUCUGGAAGAAGCCGGAUACGCCCGAUGUGGUCGACUGCAACGAAGCGGACGCCUUGGAGUUUGGGGAAAGGUUGGUGGAGCUGGCCAAAAUCCGGAAAGUGAUGUGGGUAAGUGCUACCUGUAAAACACGUUGUACCAAAGGAAGAUCUCUUUCGUGUUCUGCCCGUAGGAUCUCGGGAUGCUACGAAGCCUUAGACGGAGGCAACACGGGCGAUGCCUUGGUGGAUUUUACUGGGGGCGUCUCGGAACCGAUUGACCUGGUCGAAGGAGGCUACGCCAGUGACGAAGCCAAACGAAACCUCCUUUUUGAGCGAGUGCUGAAAGUCCAUAACCGAGGAGGCCUCAUUAGCUGCUCCAUCAAAGCCGUGUCAGCUGCUGAUAUGGAAGCCCGGCUGGACUGUGGCCUGGUCAAAGGCCACGCCUACGCAGUCACCAACGUCCAGAAAGUCCGCCUUGGCCAUGGCUUGCUGGCUUUCUUCAAAUCCGAAAAGCUGGACAUGAUCCGGUUGCGGAAUCCGUGGGGGGAGCGAGAGUGGAACGGCCCCUGGAGCGACACCUCGGAGGAAUGGCAGAAAGUCAGCACCAGUGAACGAGAGAAACUCGGAAUGACAGUAGAGGAUGAUGGAGAGUUUUGGAUGGCCUUUGAUGACUUCUGUACCUACUUCACUGACAUCAUCAAAUGCCGCCUGAUCAACACGUCCUACCUGAGCAUCCAUAAGACGUGGGAAGAAGCCGUCUUGAAGGGUGCCUGGACGCGGCAUGAAGACCCCUUGAAGAACCGCUGCGGAGGCUGUGUCAACAACCGAGAAACUUUCCUGCAAAACCCCCAGUACGUUUUUGAUGUGAAGAAAGCAGAAGACGAAGUCUUGGUUUGCAUCCAGCAAAAGCCCAAACGGACCAGCCAGAAGGAAGGAAAGGGAGAAAACCUGGCCAUAGGAUUUGACAUCUUCAAGGUGGAACUCAACCGGACGUACCGAAUGCACACCCUACAGACCAAGGUCGCCAGCUCCAUCUACAUCAACUCUCGUAGCGUCUUCCUGAGGACGGACCUGAAAGAGGGCCGCUAUGUCGUCAUACCGACCACUUUCGAGGCUGGCCAGGUGGCCGAGUUCCUGCUCAGGCAGUUCACAGACGUGCCUUCUGACUUCCAAGAACUGACCUUGGAUGAGCCCCCUCACACCUGCUGGAGUGGAAUAUGUGGCUAUCCCCAAUUGGUGUCCCAGGUCCAUGUCAUCUCGGCUUCCGGGCUGAAGAACCAAGGCUCUGAAGAAGGAGUGGAUCCCUACGUGAUCAUAAAGUGUGAAGGGGAGAAGAUCCGAUCACCAGUCCUAAAGAACACGAUGGCGCCAGAAUUUGACGUAAAAGGACUUUUCUACCGCAAGAAACCAAGACAGCCAGUCAUAAUUCAGAUCUGGAACCACAACCUGAUCACAGAUGAAUUUCUGGGACAAGUCGCCUUGGUCGGAGACCCCAAUGAGCUCCACCCUUUGCACAUUCUCCACCUCCAAGACAGAGGGAGCAAACGGGUAUCGGAUCUGCCCGGCGUUCUUAAGGUGCAGCUGUUGAGUAGCAACGUUCUCACGAGCAUCUGAGACCACAGAGCCUUGGGGGGGGGGGGGGGUGGCCUUCUCUGCUCUACGCCAUCUUCCACUAGUUCCUCUACGUACGUCUCCCAGUGUGCUUGUCCGUUUGUCUCCAUGUACUCCGCAUGCCUUCACUUUGGAAAUGGGACCAGCCCUGCCACGUUCAGUCUGGGUUGUUUUUCACAAUUUGACACAAAAAGGUGCCUUUUUUUCCCAGAAGCCAAAAUGCAGUGUUUUGCCCUUCUUCUUCUUCUUCCACCUCCUCUUUCUCUUCCUCUUCCU